AACGGAUGUGAAGUAAGGAAUUUAAACAAUAAGACCUCAACCAUUACCUUUCAGGAGGAAAGGUUAUGGUCUCCUGCAGCAAGACGAGCAAAUUGGGGACCGAGGGUGAAGAUGGUGGUUUUAAAGGCAGGGACAACGUGGCAGAGCUGUGACUCUUCUACCCGCUUGUGAGUGCAACUGGUAUGGGUAAUGGUGUGAGAGCAGCUCAAGCGGAUUUCAAACAGCAAGAUGUGGAGCCAGUUAUAUCAGCUCAUCUGCCAUCAGAGGGAACGCAGGAGAAGAAGAAAGUGCUCAACUCCCUGAUGUCAGGUGCACUGGCCGGUGCCGUUGCUAAAACAGCAGUAGCUCCACUGGAUCGGACAAAAAUCAUGUUUCAAGUGUCUUCAAAAAGAUUUUCUGCCAAGGAAGCCUACAGGCUCAUUUAUCGCACCUACCUCAACGAGGGCUUCUGGAGCCUCUGGCGAGGCAACUCRGCCACCAUGGUCCGCGUGAUCCCUUACGCUGCCAUCCAGUUCUGCGCCCACGAGGAGUACAAGCAGCUCCUGGGCAGUUACUACGGCUUCCAGGGAAAAGCGCUGACACCCUUUCCUCGAUUCAUUGCUGGCUCUCUGGCAGGCACAACAGCUGCCAUGUUAACCUACCCCUUGGAUAUGGUCCGAGCUCGAAUGGCUGUCACGCCGAAGGAGAUGUACAGCAAUAUCGUUCACGUCUUCAUCCGAAUAUCCCGUGAGGAAGGAUUGAAGACAUUGUACAGAGGAUUCACACCAACGAUUCUUGGAGUGAUCCCAUAUGCUGGGCUUAGUUUCUUCACCUAUGAGACGCUGAAGAAGCUACAUGCAGAUCACAGUGGGAAAUCUCAGCCAUCGCCUCCAGAGCGGCUUUUGUUCGGUGCCUGCGCAGGCUUGAUUGGCCAGUCGGCUUCCUACCCCCUGGACGUGGUUCGCCGGCGAAUGCAGACGGCCGGGGUUAUGGGACACACGUACAGCUCCAUCCUUCUCACCAUGCAGGAGAUUAUACGAGAAGAAGGACUAAUCCGUGGCUUGUACAAAGGCCUCAGCAUGAACUGGGUCAAAGGGCCGAUUGCGGUGGGAAUAAGCUUCACAACCUUUGACCUGAUGCAGAUCCUUCUCCGUAAAUUACAGCACAGCACUAACGUCCAAAGGUAGUAGCUUAAUCCCCGCAGCCCUUGCUGGGGAGAAGUACAACGUACACRUAUAAAGAGCAGUGCUAGCAUUCCCAAACUUUGUACAUGCUCUCCUGCAGCUGAGAACUUACCUUUCUUUUCUUUCCUUUUGUUCUUUUUUUUUCUCUUUUUUUCUUUCAUUUUUAAUGAGCCUCUGAGUUGUAUGGAAACCUCAAGCUGAAACUAACCUUUUCCUAACUGAAAUUCUCCUUGCAGUUCUGCAAAGCUGUGUCCUCUAGAGUAGCUGCCUCAUCCUUCUGCUUUGUUCUGUGAUACCAGAGUGGAGCCCCUCAAASAAAGACGUGCUGCUUCCGGCUCCUCACCUGGUUUCUCUGGGCAGACGGAGAGGUGGAGGAUGAAGGAGGAGACUUGGUGCUGUUCGAAUGGGCCCCCGACUCUGCAAAGUGACUGCUGCUCUGGUCAGGCAGUUCUUAACACUGUACAUGUGUUGGCUGGAGGCAGUUUGCCAAGUGCAAUAUUCCAGUUAAUCUGCCUGGGGAAUUCCACAUUCCUCUGACCAGUAAGCAUUGGUCUCCUUGAAACAGGACACAGCAGGAUUUAACAGGUCCAGGUUACUCUGAAAGCUGACUGUGAGCUCUGGUUGGAAAUGCUGCCCUUUCUCAAACGUUAUUUUCGUUUCUGAGUUGCUUGCAGYGGUUACCAAAGACUGCGGACAGCAGGGGAGGAAAAUUCGGAGCAGUUUUGUAAAUCAAAUUGUGGUGUCUGUUGUGUCGCUCACGAGGGGCCUGGCCCCACAAACUGGAUUGACUCAAACCCCGGUAGCGCUUUCGGGCCCUCCGAACCCUUCACUGGUGCCAUGGCCUUAAAGGCAGCAUUUUCUGAGGGACGUGGCAGUUUGUCGUGAUCGUGCCCUAGUCUGAGAGUGUUACAUACUUCCAUUUGAAGUAAUUGUUUCCUUCAGUAUUAUUGUAGCUGCUUUAUCCGCAACACGAGAAUGAACAACUCCAAGAUGCACACGUGCUGCAGACCUACCUAUAUCCUGGAAGGCUGCUCGUGUCUGGUGAAUGCAGUGUAGUAGUUGACUUCCAAACAACGCUGUUGUCUUCUGGUGCCUGCUGUGUAGGUUGUAUCACCUCUAUACGUUAGCUCACACUUAAAGCCACUUGCUUUUAUUCUUCGAGUUCUUCCGGACCAACAGUGUCCUCAGGAGAAUAAGCUCCACAGCCAGUAUUGACUCCUCUGAAAUUAUAGAGAGUGCCAAUCAUCCUCCAUUGCAAUCUGCAAAUGAGUGACAACCUUUCAGUGUUUUCCUUYGAGGUCAAUACUUUUUAGGGAAAUGGAGAUUUGAGGAGUUUCCAUUCCUAUAUUAAAUUUGGAGAUAUAGAAGGGAGAUGACAUGAAAAGAAAAAUGAGGUAGGAUCUGGAAGUUGUCCUUCUCUUAUGUAUAUACUUUGGCCACUUUAGUUUGAGCCYUGUAUCAUGACUUUGCUAAUGGGAAUGAAGGUAAUUGCACAAUUGGUAGAAAUAGCUUUCCCCUUUCUUUUGUCUUUGCACUUGUUCUUUGGAGCAUAACUUGCUUCUGAUGCCAAAUAUUUCCCUAGGAAUUAAGCACCUACACUUCCACUUUAUGGACAUGGUGGAGAGCCAGCUUCCUGAAGUAUUAGCGUGCACAAUGUCCCCAGAACACAUGGGAUCAAUCAUACUUUAAUGGUUGUGGAUGGGCGGGGUAAUUAACCUCAGUAAUUUCUGCCUCUAAGCCCACAAACAAUUCUUUCCGUUGUGAAACUUGACUGCAAUCACUGAUUUACCUUGUAGUUAAAGAAAGGUAGAUGUUGUCUUCUAAGUCUGCGUAGAUGAUAGCCACAAAAUCUGUAAACUUUUGCUCCCCUUGCUAAUGGAAGAUUAUCAGCUCAUCUUUUCACAUGGGUGAAUUUUUAUGUCCUUUGCAAGAGCUUCSUUCU